AGGAGCCGGUGCAAAUUCACACAAUAUAAAAUAAUUUAAAUUUUUUUAUAAUAAAAAUGUUAAAAUGUUGACAUUCAUAACGAAAUCACUGCGAAUGAAUAUCCAGCAACGUUUUGUUGCCACCAAUGCUGCCCUUAAACACAAAACACCCAAAAGUAAACAACAGCAAGAAACACGGCCCGCGAUUAUACAAUGUAAACGACCACACUUCAAUUUGUACGAGCCUAGUAAGACCACUUGUAAGUUUGGAACACUCCCACUAGCUUCAUCUGGGUGGCUACACAACAAAUCGAAAGGUGAUUGGUUUACCAUAAGUCCCACAGUGAGUGAGGAGGAGAGAUUCAAAGAAAUGCAUGAUAUGCAGAGGUUUUUGACCACGUCGGGCUUGGUUUUCGAUGAAACACUAGUGGACAAUGUACGAAACGAAUUUGACAUAAAACAGUUGACGUCCAUACAAUGUCAGGGUUGGCCUAAGAUAUAUGGCUACAAUCAUACACUGAUAGCUGCGGAAACAGGUUGUGGCAAAACAUUGUGCUACCUUAUGCCCAUGCUACAAAGAAUAGUGCAGAGGAAGCAGGCGGGUAUGAAUCAAAGAAAAAUGAAUUCACCUUUGGCCAUUAUUUUGACACCAGGCCGUGAGUUGGCCUCACAAAUUGGCAAUGUGGUGCGCAAACUGUGUUCCGAUAUGGAUGUUAGUGUCAAGACCGUUCUGGGAGGUAAUACUAAACAAUUAAUGAUGAACCCUGAAUUUGAAGAUGUCGAUGUGGUAAUAGCCUCCAUAGGAGCUCUCAGCAAAUUAGUGACAACAGGCAUUUAUCGCAUGGACCAUGUGCGACAUGUGGUCUUGGAUGAGGCAGAUACUUUGCUGGAUGAUAGUUUUUCGGAUAAAUUGGUACAUUUCUUGAAGAGAUUUCCGUUUCACAAAAACCUUAGUCAAACCGAUACCGAAGUUGGCACUCAACUGAUCUUAGCUUCCGCCACCAUGCCCACCAAUAUCAAUGAACUUUUGCAUCGUGUCAUCGAUGUGGAAACCAUAGAGGAGGUUUCAAGUCCCCAUUUGCACAAAAUCAUGCCACAUGUAGAGCAAAGAUUUAUGCGUGUCACUAAAGCAGAGAGACCAGCCCAUUUGCUGAGUCUGGUAAAGAAAGAAGUCACUCAGAAAAGGCCGGUAAUUGUUUUCUCCAACAAAACUCCAGCUUGUGAUUAUGUCUCCAUAUUCCUUAACAACAGUGGCAUCAAUUGCCUUAAUCUGAAUGGUGACAUGCUUAUGAAAAUACGUCUGGGCCGUUUCGAUCAAUUUCAAAAUGGUGAAUGUGAUGUUUUGUCUACCACCGAUGUGGGCAGUCGUGGUCUGGAUACCACACGAGCUCGUCAUGUCAUCAACUAUGAUUUCCCUCUGCAUAUUUCCGAUUACAUACAUCGCAGUGGUCGCAUAGGUCGUGUGGGUACCGUGGAACGCUGCACAGUGACAAAUUUGAUAUCAUCAAGGCGUGAAAUUGAUGUGGUGCAGCGUAUAGAGCAUGCAGCAAGAUGUGGCGGUUUGCUGCCAGAUGUGAAUGCAAAUAUUAGAAAUAUUAUAAAUAAGAAAAUAAUGAAGGAGAUGAAAGAGGCGGGCAUACAAAUGCCAGCACUUAAUGGACAGCAGGAGGAGGUGUUUUGAGAGUAUUUCGAAGAAGAAAAUAAACGUUUUAUUUAUAAAAAAAAAAUAAUGCUGACAGUGACUAAACAGGAAUCGAAUGGCUACGUAAUAAAUCUUUAUGAGUGUCAUAUAAAUCCAAAUUGA